AUGUGUCGUAGUAUCUACCCAAAGGAGAAUUGCGAUAUAUUUUAUCGAUUUACUGAAUUCACAUUAUUUUCUGAUUUUGUGAGCAAGUAUAUCUAUUUUGUAGUUAUUCCUCUUCAUUCGCAUGCUUUGUCUGUUAUUGUGUACAAUGGAUUGAACUUCUCUGAAUGGCAUGAACAAGUCCAGUUCCACUUAGGUGUGAUGGAUCUUGAUUUGUCUCUACUGAAUGACAAACCUACUGCCAUUACUGAUAAGAGUAGUGAGGAUGAGAAGUCUUUUCAUAAAUCAUGGGAGCACUCUAACAUGUUGAGCCUUAUGUUCAUGCGAAUGACUGUUGCUAACAACAUUAAGAGUACUAUUCAACAAACAGAAAGUGCCAGGGAAUACCUGAAGUUUGUGUACGAACAUUUUCAUUUUGCUGAUAAGUCUCUCGCUGGUACACUAAUGGUUGAACUCUCGACCAUGAAGUUUGAUGGGUCGCGUAGUAUACAAAAUCAUAUAAUUGAGAUGAUUAACAAUGCAACAAGACUUCGGACCUUGGGGAUGAAAGUGGAUGACACCUUCUUGGUUCAGUUUAUUAUGAACUCAUUGCCUCUUGUGUAUGGACCAUUCCAAAUUAACCAUAACACUAUUAAAGAUAAGGGGGAUGUUAGUGAAUUGUCAAGUAUGCUUACUCAAGAGGAGUCAAGACUUAAGAAACAAGGAGGUCUGAUGUGUGUCGUUUCUGUAAAAAGGAAGGACACUAUCAGAAAGAUUGCCUGA